GCCUCCUCUUAGGGCAAAGCGUGCCCUUUCGCUGCGAUCAGGGUUCAUUGCCGCGUCGCUUCUGCCGCCAGACUUCCUUUUCUGAAUAAAGUUAUUCUCUGUUGCCCCAGGAAGCAUAACACAUCCUAUGAAUCACUGAGGAGGGCCUCUAUGGGAGGCCACAAAACAAACACGAUUUCUCGGAGGGUUGCUUCACAGCUAGGGAUAGAGCCGCGUGACCGACGCCCUUACCAAGCAGAUCUCUGACGCUUCCCGUGAAGGUGGCUGACAGCAGGACGAACGCCUGUAUCGCUAAGGCACGCACUGAUUUCUGAGGAGUUUCAGUGAGACUACAAUUAACGGGGCGUGCUGGGCACUCUGGUGCCUUUCACAUUAAUGCAGUAGAUGUAUUCAUUGAGAGCUCUGGAGUAAUCCUGAGGGUUUGCCUCUGCUUUUUAAUGGUAUCUGCGGAAGAGUAAAGCGUUGUCUUAGGAAGAAUUCUAAUGGAUAAAGCUCGGCGGCUGAAGAUGGCUUUUUCCUCAUCAUGUAAUAUAAUUUGGACUAUGAAACGGAUCUUAAAGUGCCAGUUUGCAGAUUCUGUAUAAGUCCAUGCACGUUUUAGAAAUGGAAGACGUGAUGUCGCAAAUGGUUUUUGCAACAAAAAGUUAAUAUGGGAAAGGAGCAGUAAGGAUGGAACCUCUCUCCUCCACCCUGGAUUUCACUGAAGUUUGUUAUCUCUCUAAGUUGAGUGCUGUUGCCUUCUAAAAGGGCCCUUGAUAGGUUUCAGAGAAAAAUCACAGAAUCAUAGAGAUUGGAAGGGAUCUCUGAAAAAUACUUGCCCUUUAGUGAAUAUAGAAUUUUAAAGAAAAGAUGGAAGGACACAAAUUCGUUGUGUGACUCAAUCUGAUUACAUUUAUCAAGGCACAGAAUUAUGCAUAACAUUUGGGCAACGUAUUCAUCUUCUUCUAGUGAUUGCACGAGAGUGGUAAGUAUGAGAGCUAAUGGCAUGCAAUUCAUAGUAAAAUGCUUAUUUUUCUGUUUAAUGUAUGCUUAAACAUAUCUUAGUAGAAUGUAUGCAGAGCUCAGACUAUGCCAGUGGCAGUAACAGGCCCUAAUUUAUGGAACAGUUCUUACAUGUUAACUGAGAAUAUGUCUGAUUCUGUACUCAUUAGAGUGAUAUGUUUGCAUGUUCAGUUUGUUGUGCUGUUACAUUCCAAAACAGGAGUGCAUGUUUGGUACGACUGAAGGCUUGUAAGAUUAUAUCUUUUCAGAUAGGAGCAGGCAAUAGCAUGGCUUGUAAGUAACAGUAUCACGAAGUGUCACUUAUAAAUCAGAUUUGAAUACUCUUGUCUGUAAUCAACAGUUAUGGAGAAAGAGCUGAGGAGUACCACCAUAAGGCUUAUCAGCACGAGAAUGAGAGUAUGAAUUUUUUGUACUCUGCCGUGUGCUGUUGGUCCUGUCUUUCCCUUUCUUUUGUGGAUUACUUCUUUUCACUUGAAGGUGAGAAAGGAAGAAUGGCAUAUGGAAUCUGCUGCAAAAUGAGAAAGUAAUAUUAAAAAUGAUUUCCUUUGCUUACUGAAUCACCAAAAUGCUGAAUCGUGCAUACACUGUAGCAUGCUAUGCCAAAAAGGAAGAUGAGUUCCUCGGUUAAACCAUAUUUAGACCUUCCUAAGAUGGAAUUUCUAACUAAUGUUACAUGGAAAUACAGAGAGGCUGGUAUGUGUCUUUGCCAGGACAAUAACACAAGUGCUUGGGCAUUCAGUACUCAAUUUGUUCUUCUGUUUUAAUUCAAAAGUUCCAUGUCCACUAUUUAACUCAGUUACAACACUGCUGGAAUGGGAGAGAGAUUCUUCUUUUACCCUUAACUGGGAAUUAAAAUAAGGCAAAUAAUGCUUUUAAAAACCAGCUUUGAUAAUAACUUGUCAAUUAAUAAGUAGAGCUAAGUGAAAAAAAAAAGAUCAGUGUAAUACAAAGACCUUGAUCACUAUUAAGAGAUGGAGAUGUUUGAACUCUGGUGUCAAACUUGCUCAAAAGAAGUGCCUACUUUUGUAUUAAUGUGAUGAAGAAAGAAAACUGGUAAAGAUACUGAGGUUGUUUUUGGUUUUUUUUUCCUGCUUACCUUACCACAAAGCAUGAAAACACCCAGUCAAAUAACAACUAAAUAAUGGGGAAGUUAUAUUAGUGCUGUAUGUGAAAAAACAUCUGGAGAAACAGAAAUGUUAUUUCUCAAACUGUCAAUAGAUGGCACAAACAAGUUUUAUAAAAAGUGUGGGUGUUUUAAAGUACUGUUACAGAAAAGGAUAGAAUUACAGGAAGUUUUCUCUUUGUCUUUUCCUGAACACCUUUUCUGCUUUUUAUGAGAGCGGGGAUUUCAGGUAAGAAAGUUCUGUUUUUUAUUGAAUUUAUGCUUUUUCUAGUUAGCUAAACAGCCUACUUUUAUAUUCUGCAUCUUAUUUGAAAUUAGACCACGUUUUUCAUAAAAAUUUAUUAGCAGAUGUAUGAUAAGCAUGUGGGUAAAAAAUGAGAGUGAAUGGUUUUUUUGGUCAGUAUAUUUGUCCAGAGAAGCUGGCCAAAUAGCAUUCUUUUUGUAUUUGUACCACAGUCAUAGUGAAGGGGGUCACAGUGUUAUAACUGAAGUAGUUUUCUUACAGUUAAAAUUAGGUCUAACUGAUAGUAUGUUUCAUUGUUAUGAAAGAUACUUUUAGCACCUGAGUUUUGUGAUACUGAUAACUUUCAAAGUACGUGUCUUUAUACUUAAUGAUCAUAGCUUAAUGCAUUCUGUGUUAUUUCUUACGUGGAAGUUAUCACUUUAUACUGAGUUCUUAUAGGACGAACUCUUCAAAUCCCAGUUUUGAUCUCUCUUUAAACAACAGGACAGGUUCUCCCCGUGAAUUUGAUUUCCGUAGUCUACUGAAUUGCUUAUCUGCAUGUAUCUUGCAAGCACUGUGUUUGUCAAGUUUAAGGAUUUUAAGAUACACUUUGAACGAAAGAAAGACGUUACUACAAAGUAUGAUUUCUUCCAUGCCACUCCCAUUACUCCAUUAGGAGUAAUGUUCCCCAAGCAGUCAAAAGGACGAACUAGAGAGUGGUGAUUAUUUUUUGUUCUCUGCACUUGCCCAAAUGUGUUUUGAGGGCUAAGAUGGUGAAAUUGAAUGUAAUUUUUCAAAAGGAAAUUUGGAAAAAGGCUGGACAAGUUAUGCUGUGCUGCCUUGUUAUGUCUUGACAGUUUUCAAGUCUAGUUUCAUGCAUUCUCUACAGAAGUAGAAAUUAGUGGGCUGCCAGCUGUUUUAGUGUUGAGAUAUCUUAAUAUGGGCUGUGUGAUGUCGAAAACGUGCAUUGUAGGCCCAGUAGUGCAAUUCUAAGAAAGCCUGUGGAAUGGUUAAUGGUACAGAGGUUAUAUUCCUCCAAUGAAUGGCAGCUAUUACUGUCUCAUUGUAGAGUCAUUAUGAGUUCUGUUUCAGUGUAGGUUUUGUAGAUGCAAGUGUAUGUUUAAAAAAAGUCUGCUGAGUCUAGUUCAUAUCCUUUAAUAGAGGAUGACCAUACUGACCUCAAAUGUUGUACUUUACUGUCAGAGUGUCCUGGAGUUUUGAGGAGCCUAUGUAGUACAUUGAAUGACAGCAGUAAUUCCAUAAGUAAGCAGGAAAAAUCAACACCUCUGAAAUCAGGUACAUUUUGAAAGAAGCAGACUUUUUAUUAAACAUGGCAGAUUUUGCCAAAUAGAAAUUACAGUAGUCACUUAAUAAAGUCUUUCCUGAGACAGUAAGUCCCUUCAUUGUUCUCUGAGUCCAAGGGAGAGAUAGCAAAUUGGAACCUUAAAAAAAUCAAUCUCAAUGAUACCUAUUGAAUAGCUGCUUAAUGAUAUAACUGUUGUUGUUGCAGGAUUAGAACAGAUGGAUGUAUAAGUAUUGAGCAUCUCCAAGGAACCAUAAAGCAGUAUGGCAGAGAACAUGAAGUAUCUCAGGAACUUUUUUAUUUACAACUGUCUGUUUGCACUCACUUUUUGGAACAAUAUUGGCCUGGCUAUGAAAAAUGAACUCUUUACAUCUGUUCCUAACAAUUUUCUACAAGAUGGUUUGGGCAAAAAAAACUUCAGCCUUCUACCCUCAUAUACAAGUAAUCAUCAGUCUGAAGCUAAUUUUGGUUGGGUUGUGAUAGAAAAUACUACGGAAAGCCUAUCAUUGUCAGAAAUCACAAAAGACAAUGUACAAAACUUAAUAACUUUAAUAUCUAAUUUUAGAAAAGGCUCCAGGCUACAAAAUCUGACACUGACGAAUAUGUCAGUGUACUGGGAAGCUCUUAUUGAAGUACUCCAGACAGUAUGGCACUCAUCCAUUGAAUACUUUAGUAUCACCAACUUAAUACAACUGGGGAACGUCGUAAGUUCUCGCUUCGACUAUUCAGAUACUUCCAUGAAAGCACUUGCACUGAAUAAGGUUUUAGUCACAGAUCUAUACUUUUCACAGGAUGACAUUUAUAACAUAUUUGCAAACAUGAACAUCGAAGCCUUGACAAUAGCUGAUUCUGAGUUAAUUCACAUGGUAUGUCCUUCAUCUGACAGUCCUUUUAGGUAUGUAAAUUUCGCAAAGAAUGAUUUAACAGAUCUGCUUUUUCAGAACUGUGACAAACUAAUUCAACUGGAGACAUUUAUUUUGAAAAGGAAUAAAUUUGAGAGCCUUUCCAAGGUGAGCUUCAUGACCAGCCGUAUGAAAUCACUGAGGUAUCUGGACAUGAGCAGCAACUUGCUGCGUAACAGUGGAGCUGAGAAGCGCUGCCAGUGGACUGAUUCUCUGUCAGAGCUGGACCUGUCCUCCAACCAGCUGACAGAAUCUGUGUUUGAGUGCUUGCCCGUUCAUAUCAGCAAACUGGACCUACAAAACAACCAGAUUGCCAGCGUCCCCAAGGGGAUUGUUGAGCUGCAGUCCUUGAAGGAGCUGAACCUGGCAUCCAACAGGCUGGCCGACCUGCCAGGGUGCAGGGCCUUUGCGGGCCUGGAGAUCCUGAACAUAGAGAGGAAUUUGAUCCUCACGCCAAGUGCCGACUUCUUUGAGAGCUGCCCGAGCGUGAAGGAGCUGCAAGCUGGGCAAAACCCGUUCAAGUGUUCGUGUGAGCUGCAGGACUUCCUGCGCCUGGAAAGGCGGUCUGGGGGCAAGCUGUCCGGCUGGCCGGAGGCAUACGUGUGCAAGUACCCAGAAGACCUGAGCGGCACGCAGCUGAAGGACUUCCACCUGACCGAGCUGGCCUGCAACACCACUCUGCUGCUCGUGACAGCUCUGCUGCUGACGCUGGUGCUGGUGGCUGUGGUGGCCUUCCUGUGCAUCUACCUGGAUGUGCCGUGGUACGUGCGGAUGCUGUGGCAGUGGACGCGGACGAAGCGGAGAGCUUGGCAUGGCUGCCCCGAGCAGCGGGAAGCCGUUCUGCAGUUCCACGCCUUCAUUUCGUACAGCGAACGCGAUUCGUUGUGGGUGAAGAACGAGCUGAUCCCCAACCUGGAGAAGGGGGAGGGCUGCAUCCAGCUGUGUCAGCACGAGAGGAACUUCAUCCCUGGCAAAAGCAUCGUGGAGAAUAUCAUCAACUGCAUUGAGAAGAGCUACAAGUCCAUCUUUGUGCUGUCCCCCAACUUUGUGCAGAGCGAGUGGUGUCACUACGAGCUGUACUUUGCCCAUCACAAGUUGUUUAGUGAGAACUCCGACAGUUUGAUCCUGAUCUUGCUGGAGCCGAUCCCUCCAUAUGUUAUCCCUGCGAGGUACCACAAGCUGAAGGCUCUCAUGGCAAAGAGAACCUACCUGGAGUGGCCAAAGGAGAGGAGUAAGCGUGCCCUUUUCUGGGCCAACCUGAGGGCAGCUAUUAGCAUUAAUCUGUCAAUGCCUGUUGAACAGAACAGAACAGAAGUAUGAAGAAAGAUAUUAAAAGUCUUUAUAAUGCAGUAUCUUCUUCUCCUUGAAUUUUGUUUUUUUGUUUUUUAACCAAUAAAUACUUCAUGAUUUUCAUUGAUUUUCAAUAUGUUUCACUUUGUAUUAUAAAACUUUGUUUCUACAUAGUUGCUUAUGCUUUGUCACUAUAUGAAAAAUUCAGCCCGGUUUACUGCAACUCACUUGAAAUGGGCACAAUGAUAGCUUUUGGGUAUGGAUUUUGAUUCCAUGCUUGAAAUAUUGUAAUACUGGUUCUCUCAAGAGAAUGAAAUCUGAAGCAGUCAUGUAGAAGAGUGCCUGAAUUGCUGGUGACUUAGGAGAUCUACAUUAAUCACAAAGUUUCGACAUCUUGGUCAUAGGACUUCACAUCAAAAUUAAUUUGCAAGGAGAAAAAUUAUGCAUCCUGUGAAGAUGUCUAGAAGUUCAGCAUUUGAGAUUGUUCCUGGGUGAUGUUUUCUCAGACUGUGAAAUUUACAGCAUGGGACCCAGGUGUAGGACUGUGAAUAUCUAGCACAAGGGGACAGGCACGGUCAGAAAAGAGGACUGGAUGAGGAAAGAAGAGGGAUUUUUUCCUUAAAAAGAAAAGAGAUGGAUGAGCUAGUUUUCCUUUUCAUGUUUGCUGCCAAGAAGUAAUAGCGACUGGACAGAGUUGUAAUUCCCAUGCUGUGAUAGGCUCCUGGUAUCAUCGUGAUCCGAAGAGUUCUCUUGAUGAAGGAAACUAAGAAGGUAUCACAAGAAUUGCCUUCAUUAUCAGUGGCUGCAUCUGGAGAAACUUUUGACUUCUCUACCUCCUCCUUUUCUUUAGCUUUAUACUUUUAUUUUUUCCCAUACAUGUAUCUCAUUUUAUGCUUAUUAUCACAACAAUGUGAUCUCCUUCUAUGAUGAGAUGAUCUGCGUAGUAGAUGAGAGAAAGGCUGUGGAUGUGAUUUUUACGUAGAUUUUAGUGAAGUGUUUGACACUGUUUCCCAGAGUAUUCUGGAGAGGUUGGCUGCUCAUGGCUUGGACAGAAGCAUGGUUUGCGGGGUGAAGAUCUGGCUGGAUGACCAGGCUCCAAGGGUCACAGUGACUGGAGCUCAUUCCACUUGGUGCCUGCUCACCAGUUGCAUUCCCAGGGCUCAGUGUUGGAGCCAGUUUUGUUUCAUGUUUUUGUCUGUGAUCUGGAUGAGGGGAUUGAGUGUACCCUCAGUACGUUCAUAGAUUACACUGAGGCAGAAUUGUAAUACUGCUUCAUGCUAGGAAAGCUCUGUGGAGAGAUCUGGACAGGCUGAAUCAAUGAGCUGAGUCUAAUCUCAUGCCAUCAGCAAGACUCAGUGUACACAGAGG